AUAGCCAGUAGCAUGGAUCUCUUUGGGCUCUUGGCCAACAAAUAAGCCAUCUGUGUGAAUAAAAACAGGCUAACAGUUUUGGACUCUGGUCUCUGUGGCCACAUUGAGCACUGACCUCACUGGUAAUUACCCAAAUGAAUUGUUCUGGAGGUUGUGUUCUCUCAUCACGAAAACUCCUUUUCCCAAUGCAAACCAUGUGGGUUAAAACAAGAAAACAGAAGCCAAAACUCCUCCCCAUACCCAAAAGCCCCUUCUGUCAGGAUUCUCAUUUAAACCUGGGAGAGCUGUGAGAGGGCUGAGAACGGCUGGCCAUCAGCGCAUACCAUACAGAGGCGGAGGGCUUGUUUUUCUCAGUUUCCCGCCUAGGAGAGGAUACCCCUAUUGUUUCUGAAAGUGCUGACCAGGACCCACACUUCCAACAAAAAUUCCUCUACCCCUGCCACAGCAGCAAAAGCAGCAGCAGCAGAAGCAACGGUAAUAGAUAAGUGUUUUGAUGAAUUGCAAGAUGGACAGGGCUCACAGUUCCCCCAGCCCUGCUGAUACCAAAUGCCUUUAAGAUACAGCCUUUCCCAUCCUAAUCUACAAAGGAAACAGGAAAAAGGAACUUAAAACUCCCUGUGCUCAGACAGAAAUUAGACUGUUACAGCCGGCUUCUGUGCUGUUCCUUCUUGCCUCUGACUUGUAAACAAGACCUAGUAGAACAUGCGAAUGGAAAGUCACAAACCUCUGGGUGUUUGAAAGGCUCCUUGGGACCUCAUGCACAUCUGCAGAAACUGGAUGGAGAGAUUUGGGGAAGCAUGGACUCUUUAGCUGGCUUAGUUCUCUAUGGAGUCAGCCUGCUCCUUUCAGGAAUGGUGGAUGGUGCCAUGGACCUGAUCUUGAUCAAUUCCCUACCUCUCGUGUCUGACGCUGAGACAUCCCUCACCUGCAUUGCCUCUGGAUGGCGCCCCCACGAGCCCAUCACCAUAGGAAGGGACUUUGAAGCCUUAAUGAACCAGCACCAGGAUCCACUGGAAGUUACUCAAGAUGUGACCAGAGAAUGGGCUAAAAAAGUUGUUUGGAAGAGAGAAAAGGCUAGUAAAAUCAAUGGUGCUUAUUUCUGUGAAGGGCGAGUUCGAGGAGAGGCAGUAAGGAUACGGACCAUGAAGAUGCGCCAACAAGCCUCCUUCCUUCCAGCGACUUUAACUAUGACUGUGGACAGGGGAGACAAUGUGAACAUAUCUUUCAGAAAGGUAUUGAUUAAAGAAGAAGAUGCAGUGAUUUACAAAAAUGGUUCCUUCAUCCAUUCAGUGCCCCGGCACGAAGUACCUGAUAUCUUAGAAGUGCAUCUGCCUCAUGCUCAGCCCCAGGAUGCUGGAGUGUACUCGGCCAGGUACAUAGGAGGAAACCUCUUCACCUCGGCCUUCACCAGGCUGAUAGUCCGGAGAUGUGAAGCUCAAAAGUGGGGACCUGAAUGUAACCGUGUCUGCACUGCUUGUAUGAACAAUGGUAUCUGCCAUGAAGAUACAGGAGAAUGCAUCUGCCCUCCUGGGUUUAUGGGAAGAACGUGUGAGAAGGCUUGUGAACUGCACACAUUUGGCAGAACUUGUAAAGAAAGGUGUAGUGGACCAGAAGGAUGCAAGUCCUACGUGUUCUGUCUCCCAGACCCGUAUGGGUGUUCCUGUGCCACAGGCUGGACGGGUCUGCAGUGCGAUGAAGCAUGCCAGCCUGGUUAUUAUGGGCCAGACUGUAAGCUUAGGUGCAGGUGCACCAAUGGGGAGAUGUGUGAUCGGUUCCAAGGAUGCCUCUGCUCUUCAGGACGCCAAGGAGUCCAGUGUGAGAAAGAAGGCUUGCCAAGGAUGACCCCAAAGAUAGAGGAUUUGCCAGAUCACAUAGAAGUAAACAGUGGUAAAUUUAACCCCAUCUGCAAAGCAUCUGGCUGGCCGCUACCUGCUAAUGAAGAAAUGACCCUGGUGAAGCCGGAUGGAACAGUGCUCCAUCCAGAAGACUUUAAUCACACGGGUCAUCUCUCGGUGGCCACCUUCACUAUCCACCGGAUCCUGCCCCCUGACUCAGGAGUCUGGGUCUGCAGUGUGAACACAGUGGCUGGGAUGGUGGAAAAGCCUUUCAACAUUUCUGUUAAAGUUCUUCCAAAGCCCUUGAAUGCCCCCAAUGUGAUCGACACUGGACAUAACUUUGCUGUCAUCAACAUCAGCUCUGAGCCUUACUUUGGGGAUGGGCCAAUCAAAUCCAAGAAGCUUCUCUACAAACCUGUUAAUCAUUACGAAGCUUGGCGACAUAUUCAAGUGACAAAUGAGAUUGUGACCCUCAACUAUUUGGAACCUCGCACAGAAUACGAGCUCUGCGUGCAGCUGGUCCGGCGUGGAGAGGGCGGGGAAGGGCAUCCCGGACCUGUGAGGCGGUUCACGACAGCUUCUAUCGGUCUUCCUCCUCCAAGAGGUCUCAGUCUCCUCCCAAAAAGUCAGACCACUCUAAAUUUGACCUGGCAACCAAUAUUUCCAAGCUCAGAAGAUGACUUUUAUGUUGAAGUCGAGAGGAGGUCUGUGCAAAUGAAUAGUGAUCAGCAGAAUAUUAAAGUGCCAGGCAACUUGACUUCAGUGCUGCUUAACAACUUACACCCCCGGGAGCAGUACAUAGUCCGAGCCAGAGUCAACACCAAGGCCCAGGGGGAGUGGAGUGAAGAUCUCAUCGCAUGGACCCUUAGUGAUAUUCUCCCUCCUCAACCAGAAAACAUCAAGAUUUCCAACAUCACAGACUCCUCAGCUGUGAUCUCUUGGACGAUCUUGGAUGGCUAUUCUAUUUCUUCUAUUAUCAUCCGUUACAAGGUUCAGGGCAAGAAUGAAGACCAGCACAUUGAUGUGAAGAUCAAGAACACUACCAUCACCCAGUACCAGCUCAAGGGCCUGGAGCCUGAAACAGUGUACCAGGUGGACAUCUUUGCAGAGAACAACAUCGGGUCCAGCAAUCCAACCUUUUCUCAUGAACUGAUGACUCUUUCUGAAUCUCAAGCUCCUGCAGACCUCGGAGGCGGGAAGAUGCUGCUUAUCGCCAUCCUUGGCUCAGCGGGAAUGACCUGCCUGACGGUGCUGUUGGCCUUUCUGAUUAUGCUGCAGUUGAAGAGGGCAAACAUCCAAAGGAGAAUGGCCCAAGCCUUCCAAAACGUGAGGGAAGAACCAGCUGUGCAGUUCAACUCAGGAACUCUGGCCCUGAACAGGAAGGCCAAAAACAACCCAGAUCCCACCAUUUAUCCAGUGCUUGACUGGAAUGACAUCAAGUUUCAAGAUGUGAUCGGGGAGGGUAAUUUUGGCCAGGUCCUUAAGGCUCGCAUCAAGAAGGAUGGGUUACGGAUGGACGCUGCCAUCAAGAGAAUGAAAGAAUAUGCUUCCAAAGACGACCACAGGGACUUUGCGGGGGAACUGGAGGUUCUUUGUAAACUUGGACACCACCCAAACAUCAUCAAUCUCUUGGGAGCGUGUGAACAUCGUGGCUACCUGUACCUGGCCAUCGAGUAUGCCCCGCACGGAAACCUCCUGGACUUCCUGCGCAAGAGCCGAGUGCUGGAGACUGACCCAGCGUUCGCCAUCGCCAACAGCACCGCCUCCACGCUGUCCUCCCAGCAGCUUCUCCAUUUCGCAGCAGAUGUGGCCCGGGGUAUGGACUACUUGAGCCAAAAACAGUUUAUUCACAGGGAUCUGGCUGCCAGGAACAUUUUAGUUGGUGAAAACUAUGUAGCCAAAAUAGCCGAUUUUGGAUUGUCCCGGGGUCAAGAAGUAUAUGUGAAAAAGACAAUGGGAAGGCUCCCCGUGCGCUGGAUGGCGAUCGAGUCACUAAAUUACAGCGUGUACACAACCAACAGUGACGUGUGGUCCUAUGGAGUGUUACUUUGGGAGAUUGUUAGCUUAGGUGGCACCCCUUACUGUGGGAUGACGUGUGCGGAACUCUAUGAGAAGCUGCCCCAGGGCUACAGACUGGAGAAGCCCCUGAACUGUGACGACGAGGUGUAUGACCUCAUGAGACAGUGCUGGCGGGAGAAGCCUUAUGAAAGGCCUUCAUUUGCCCAGAUAUUGGUGUCCUUAAACAGGAUGUUAGAAGAACGGAAGACCUACGUGAAUACCACGCUUUAUGAGAAGUUUACCUACGCAGGAAUCGACUGUUCUGCUGAAGAAGCAGCCUAGGACAGACCAUCUGUACAUUCUGUUUCUCCUUCACCAGCAUGAGACCCUUGAUGUCUUGAUACCAAGUAAGCAAGCCUCCGUCAAGAGGUAGCAGAGAAUAUGGAUGUGUGUAUAUAUUGCCAUCUGUCUGGGACUUUCAGCUUAAGAGCCCUAUGUGUCAAUCUUUAGUACACUCUGACUCUGGUAGGACUGUAUAUAUAGGACUGUUUUGAGUAAGAAUGUGCCAGAAUCAGAAUCCCUGUUUGUGGUUUCAUAUACAAUAAUAUAUUUUUCUAAAAAUGUAGACUUUCCAGGUGUGAGUACAGAUAGUGUAGUGCGUAACUCCUUAUUGUCCUAGACAGUUCUGAUAUUUACCUGUGUACUGAAUGCUGUAAGAUGUUGUGCUGUGUAGAAGAAAAUAGUGUUAAUAAACCUGACCCUGACAGCAGGUGAGAAAAGCAUGGGAAAUGUGUGAGUUCUAACAGGACAUGGAUUUAAGCCACUUAAAUGUCCACCAAAGUGAAUUUCUUUUCUAUCUCUAAAUUUUCUCCCUCACUUUCCUGCGGUAAUUUGACAACUUUAUCUUGUUUCCAGAGCUCACAAGUCAGUCUAGAAUGCGAACACUGAAAAACAGACUUAAAUCUCACUUCCUAGAAGCCUAAGAACUUUUACAGAAGUAUAAAUAUGUUUGAUAAAUUCAUAGGAUUUAGGUUUAGUUUCUCUGAUAACAUGGAUUUGUUUAUUGAGAAAUUAAAAUAGGAAGCUUGGAGUUGUAUUUGGGAGACAUGUGGUAUUUCGCAUAUCAAAUUAACAUCUCUACCUGUAUUGCACAUUGUAAAAAGUCUUAGUUUUGACCCGUUGUGAGUUUACCAUUUAUAUUGAUUGUAGGCACAUGGUGCACUGAGAUCAUAUAUAGUAAGUCAAUAAAUGUCUUGCCUACCCA